AUGUGCGCAUUCCUCAGCAUUCUCGCUGUCCUCUCCGUCGCCGGUUUGCGCCCACGUGCAAACUUCUCUCUCGCCGCGAAUGCAGAGCCGCCUUCCGCAGAGGAAAGAUUCCCUUCGACAUUCCAUGACAGCGCCUCCGCGGACCACCAGGGCGCGGCGGAAGAGCUUCAGUCCACCUCCGAGAGACUCGCGCCCGACGUGCACCCCCUUACCGGCACGCAGCAUCGACGGUUGGACUCGCUCGUGCCAGGCUUUUUAAAGCGGAUGCAGAUCUUUAAACGGUUGCGGCCCGUUGACGACUCCAAGUUCAACGAGUUCAAGAAGGCAGGUUCCCGGGUUACGGCCACAUUCUUCUCGGCGAGUCACUCGGAAGUCACUCUCAUUUACAAACCGUCGUCGGCGCUUCUGGACUUUUUGGGUUUCGCUCGCGAGGAUGUCCCAUACGGGCUAGUGAUCAAGGCGAUCCCCUACGAAGCCGUCGACCUAUACAGCGUCGUCAGCGAACCGUACAUCCACCGGAUGUUCGAUGACAAGAACAAGUUCCCCUAUGUUCUGCCCCUCUUGGCGGCGCUGCGGAGCACAACCAGGCGCGUUGUGUAUCUUGUCUUGCCACUGUACCGGAUGCUCCCGAACACGGUGGAAGAACAAGCUGCGACGGUAGACUUUGUGCUCUUGCUCGCCGAACUGGCCAUGGCUGCUCGGCAGCUGCACGAAAGGAAUUUGACGCACCGCGAUUUGAAAGACGACAACUUCCUUGUCGCUCCCGAUGGCCACAUUGUCGUCGCCGAUAUGGCGACAGUCGAGUUCGCUGACGAGAAAUCGUAUUUGGUUGGAACGACCGACUUCAUGCCUCCGGAGACAACGUCGACGUACUUUUUGCGGCAUGGGUUUACGCGCACCCGGUAUGACGACACGACCGAUGUCUACAGCCUCGGCGUUACGUUUCGGCGCCUGGGGCUCAUGCUGAUGGACCAGAAAGUUCGGAUUCCGAACCGAAAGAGGCUGACAACGUUGGUGAAGAAAAUGACCAACCUGGAUCCCAAGGCGAGGCCGAACAUCAGUCAAGUCAUGGACGACCCGUAUUUCGAAGGCAUCGACUUCGCGGUAGUGCGCCAGAGAACCGGCCCCGCGCCGUUCUCCAAACUCCCGGGUGCCGACGAGGCGAUGAAGCGGAUACGAGCGAAGAUCCGUCAGCGGCAAGAGGAGGAAGACAAGUUUGUGAACGGCGAGGAAGGCGGUCGAGGGAAAGGGAAGGAGAAAAAUGCAGCAAAGCGCAAGGCCCCCGCAAAGUUGGGGGGAGCAGAUGGGCAGAUUUUGUCGUGGAACGAGAACAUCCAACCGGUGACCCCAACGGAACGCCCAAUCACAACCCCCAGACCAGUUACAGAGGCUGUGUCUGAUGGAAGCCCCGGACCAUCGCAGAUUCCAGAAGAGGCUCGAGACGUGCUUGGACAGGAACCGGAUAUUGGCGGAGCUUGGAAUGCCGCUCGGGAUUCAUUUUUAUAUCCAGGACAGUCGGCCGACCUCAGUUUCGCGACUGGGCCUCUCUCGUAUCUUGAAUGCGAGGAAGCCAUCAAUCUCGCGCGGUUCUCAUCGGCCUCAGUUCCCCCGUCCACGUUCACGCCUUCGUCCGGAACGCCCUCUCCCCCUUCUGCGUCCUUUCACGCUCCCGAUUCCCGCGGGAUCUUGCUGCCAUCUCUAGUUGUCACUCCUCAGCUCGCUUGCAGCGCCAAGCUGGAGCCCGCGGUGGACGCAGAAGAGCCUCUGCUGAGGUCGGUUGCGUCUUGCUCCGCUUUGUUUGCUGCUCUCCGCGCAGCAGACUGGCGACACGUAGAAGAAUAUAACAUGAAGGUGGAGAGCCUCGGAGUGCCGCAAAGCUUCGCUCCUCUUGCCCACGCCGUACCGACGGGUCUGGACAACCCCCUGACGAUACGAUCUGGCCUCAUCUACUGGGCCAAGGCUUGUCUAUACUCAGGAAUCGGAGACGUGUGCGUGGCUACUGUCUGGUGUACAGAUGGAAUUCGUAUCGUUUCUAGACUUGGGUCAGACACCACCGGCGACAUUUUCCUCAGGAUCGGUGAACGCGUGGCGCUUCUCAAGGGUGUCACGGGAGUCUACAGCCAGUGUCUGGUGGGAACUCUUUGCCAGAAGGCAAAGUUUGUCGGGAAAGUCGAGGAAACGUCUUUUCGAGACACCCGUGGUUCGCGUACCGCCCGCUCCACCCUCCGACAGAGUUACCCUUACGCCAGUCGUCCGCUAGAAAACACCAGACACAACGAACAGGGCGCGGCCAAAGACCGAGCCGCGCAAAAGAGCGAUGAUGUCUCGCGUAGAGGGGUGCAGGAGAAUGCAGUCACGAUAAAGAUCCAAGGCAGUGCGCACGAACCACAACAAAUGCCGAUAAUUCCUCUGUGGUCUCUAGAUUGCACUCGCGAGUUCCUAGCUCUCAACGAUGUUGCUGCCGUCUACACAAUCAAGGGAGAAAGCUUCGUGAAAAUGGGGUGGACGACCGACAGGAAAGUGACGGUGUACUGCCACACCAGUGAGACGGCCCCGAACUUUUCCAUCCACGUUCCACUCGUGAUCGUUGUUCUUGUGCAAAUCGCCGUCGCCGCGUUUCGGCACAUCCACGAAGCAUCCGUGGACUGCUGCAGAGGUGGUGGUGAAACCGUGUAG